AUGGACGAAAAGUUGGUGAAAGAUUUGAGCUUUGAAGCUCAUCGGAAGAUGGACGUUCUUCUUCUCCCGUCAAAUCCGGGUCGAGACUGGAAAACGCUCGCGGACAAGAUGGGGUACCCGAUGGAGACCAUCUUGUAUUUUGAAUCCAAGAAAGAUAAAGGCCCUGUGAUGGAAUUGAUUAAAGAUUAUGAGGACAGAGGGAAGACGAUCUCAGAACUAAUAUCCUUUUUGAGUGAAAUGGAACGAUUUGAUUUGAUUCAAGACCUUCAACCAUUUAUAGGUAUGCUUAAGCUUACUUACGUUUUUAGCAAGUAUCGAUGUAACUUUUGGUUAGUCAGCAGAGUCAGUGCUUUUUCCUGUAUAAUUUACAGUUAAUUUGUUUAUCAUGUAAUAUCUUUCUUUUGUCCAACAUUUGAGGUGCAUUUGAUAUACAAUUAGCAUGCUCGCUCACUGCAAGCAAGAUUUAAGUUUAUGAUUAUUCCGGUUCGUCUUGCCAAAGUCCAGUCCAUUUCACCCCUUGUUCAGUUACAACUUAAUUUAACCUUCUUGGUUAUAAGUUUUGAAACACUGAGAUCGUAAAAGACAUUUUGAAUCCUGUAAAUCAGUGCAUUUAUGAAAUGAAUCCACUUAUUCGGCCUCUACUAAAAGUCUUGACAUUGAGUUGCAAAUUCUCUACUGUCAAUGGUGACCUUUAGGUUUAAUUAUAGCGGAGCUCUGUCGCGCGAAGCGCGCCUGCGGAGCACCAUGGGUAAGAAAAUGUGGUAAUCUACCCAUCCGCGAAAAUUUGGUAAUCACGUGACCGUACGCCCGACCGUCCGUCCGCACCACAGGCAUACCAAUGUGAAAUAACUCAAUCAACAGGUAUGGCAACCCAAAUGCAACUCGAGGUUAUUUUGGCGGGAAAUCGCAUAGCCACCCGCGUCUGUAAAGCAGAGGCAACUAAAGAGUCAAUAAAGACGAAACCGAAAAGCGGAAAUUGUUUCUGUAUCCGUGUUUGCAAAAGUAUUAAGCUUAGAUUAAUUGUCAUGUCCACACAUUUGGAAUAUAGAGCCAGAGAAAGACAGAGAAAAAGAGGAAGGCCAAAGAAACUCAACGAGAAAAACGGCAACCGAGCGAGAAGAUCUAGAGCGAGAGAUAAAAAACAAAGAAGACAUUUUUUGUUGGAAGAACAACAUGAAAAUUUUGUAGGGGCGGUGACAAAAUGAGAAAUGCUAGCGGCCACCAAUGCAAGGAGAAAAUGAGCGGUAGUGAUAAAAAAAGUGAACGAGAACACGUACGACAUUUCCUCCAUAAAAAAGUUUCUUGAAGUUUCACGUGGCGGUCGUGCAAAACAACGGCAAAGAAAUGUACAAAAAAAGUGUGCUGCACGUGCAAGGUUGCUUUUUUGCUAAUUAGACCUAUUGUUGUUUUUUCUCUGUUCUCCGGCGUUGCCUUCGCCGCUUAGCAUUACACGAUUUUAUAUUUUGUUUGAACAAACUAUAAAUAUUAUCGAGAGCUUCGCUUUUAGCCCUGGCUAAAUCUAUAUAUUAGAACUUUGUCACGCAGCGGCCAUCUUGUCUCAGGAGAAUUAAAAACCUUUGUUUAUGCAUGGCUAGCCUCAUGUUGGACUACAAGUGUGCUACUUUAUAAGGACAAGUAUGCGGGUUUUUCAAACCAAAUUCGCUUGCCUCAGAAUUUAAUUUAUGGCAAUUAUUACCCUUGGGUCUUGGGUCGUUUUAAUAUUUAAAUGCCUGUUAGGGGCUGGGAGGCACUUCAAGAAGGCUUAGAAGAUUUUCCAACCGACCCCCCAAUUCAUAAUUUAGCUUUUAGAAAUUACCCAUAAAAUGAACCCAUCAAUGUUAAUCUGGAGGGGGGAGGUUGGGUAAGGGCUGUGGAUUUGACAAGAUAAGUCGGCCCAUGGUGGUGACUUUUGAUUAUCUCCAAGUCCCGGGGAUGGGGACUUUUGAAUUUCAUCCGAUACAGAAGCCAUCUUUGAUUGAAAGCUGUAAUAGACCUGGUUACCAGCUGGUAACAGUUGGUUGACAGUCAGUUGUAUAAUUUGUCAGGGGGAUUGGUAACCAAAGAUGGCAGCCAUUGUUUCCGCAAUAAUCCUUGGGUACCGCUAUUUUUUCAAGCACAUGACUUUGUGCAAGAGGGCAACCAAGGAGAGCAUGACAUGGUAUCUAUUUUUAUUCUCUUUAUUCUUACUUAAAUGAAUAUAUCCAUUCAUAUGUGUUACUGGUUUAGGAAGUUAGGCUCUUGAUUCAGUACGAAGUGCAUGAUACAAAAUUUGUAUCAAUUUACUUGCUUUCAAACUUGGGCAAAACAUUUAAAUUAUGUUUUCCCGGAGUUUAAAAAACUCAGAGACUUAGAGACAAACAUGCCAUUAUAUAUUUUGUGGUUCAGUUUUAUCCUUGGUUUAAACUUUUUUUUCUUUGUAACAAACUCAUUAUCAUACAUUACCAUACCCAAAAACAAUUAAGGAAAAAAAUGUUUAAACCAAGGAUAAAAUAAUAUUAUUGAACCACAACAUGUACACUGUUGUUGUGUAUAUCAUUAUAAAGUAAACAGAGGUCAACUUUGAAUAACUGGGGAAACCACCGAAUGAAAGCCUUAUAAUUUAUAACUAAAUAAUGUUUGUCUAAAGAACAUUUUUAGCCACUAAUACUCUCAUUUCUGAUUAAUAUUCCUGCAUUGUGAUACAACUACAGAAAAUACUCCUACUCCACUUGAGAGGCAGGAAAUAGAAAAACAGGAAUUUGAGCAACAUCGAACUCAAGUUACUGGUAAGCCAUUUAUUUAUGUUGGUGCUAAAUAUCAUAGAAUGCGAUAUCUGUUUAUGCAACAUAUCUGUUUAUAUGAAUUAAUGAAGGAAUAUUUUCCAGCAAGCAACAACCAGUUGUAAAAAUGUUGAGACAUUCUGACAAAAAAAAACUGGCCUUUCUUGCUUCAAAUGGCUGGCAAGUCACACAUCUGUGAAAUAUAGCACCCACCACCUCCCUUCCCUCCAUUCAUAGUUGUUCCUCUAAGUUUUUAGCAUGGUCUAGUACUGGUAGGCACUUUGUGAAGGGAAUCAGGGAUCACAAGCACAAGAUCAUGGACAGGCCAUUUAAGCCCAAGUAAGGUACAGUGUCUCAAGUAUUCUUGUAACUGGAUGAAGCUUUAAUUGGGAUCUCAACUGGUAAUUAAAUAUAAAUGAAGCAAGUCAGAUAGAACUUGCCUCCAUAUUGUGUUACAAGGAGUUGCAUCACAUACUGUGAGUUCCAAAUGAACCCAACGAGACAACAAGUUGCCUCCUACAAAUCACAACACAUACAAUUGAACAGAACUGAAUAAAUUUUAUUAAUACUGUACUUGACCGUACGUACUGUACACUGAAAAACUGUUUCUUGCAUGACCAAACUGUCCAGAACAAAAACUCUAUCUCCUCCUGAAAAACACAUGCAAAUUCCCUAGGAGAGGAAUUUGCAAUCUAAACAAUACAGUAUUUUACCUACACCUAAACCAGAACCAGAAAUAAAUGGUAGCCACACAUACUUAAUAUGGUAUAUAUUUAGUUCAAGACUUAAAAACAAAGCUCCCAUUUAUGCAUUUUUGUAAUUUACUUCAGACCAUGAACUUGGAACAAUUGCAAAAAAAAUCCAUAAAUCUAUUCUUAACUUUAGGGGAGGACCAUGUGACUUUUGCGGGCUAGCUGAAAAACAUAAAUUUGAACCUGCGAUCAGUUAAAACUGGUCAGCAGAAAACCUGAAAAAAAACGCCUUACCUAGAUGAGUUGACACCUGAGCCUGCAAUACAGUCAUGUCAUUCUGGUCAGCAGAUAUUAUGUUUUGACAGCUGUCAAUUGAUCAUUAUAUAGAUUUCUAUUAUCAAGUUAAACACAGGUCACACGGUCCCAUACUAGCUAGAAAAUGUGAUAUUUUACAUUGGUUUCCCUGUGGUAUGAACGGAUGGACGGGCGGAUAGAUGUACGGAAUGACAGACCUAUGGUCACAUAACUACCAAAUUUUCAUGGAUGCAUUUAUCAAAAACCAAUUUUCUUACUCAUUGUGCUCCACCAUGCGCAAGAACUCUGCUAUUACUCCAGGAUUAGAUUUUCAGUGAUUUUUAAAUGUACACUGUACCUUGAAAUCACAAGUAGUUUGAGUGAGUGUGAUUGAAACUGUUUUCAAACGUAUAAAUUUAGAAAUUGUGGUUUUUUUUUGUUGGUGUUAACCCCAGAGGGGUAUUACAUAUUUCACAAGUGACGUGGAUGAUCAGAGGAUUUUUGGAGGGUUUGAAAUUUUUUAUUAUCGGAGUUUUUGGUUAGGAAAAUUUGACAAGUUUUUGGGGGGUGGCUUGAUUUAAGAAAAGAGAUUUUUAAGGGAUUUUUUGGGUACUCAAAACUAUUCGAAGAUUCGCAAUAACUUCAGAUGGUAUGAUGAAGAAACAAACACAAACAUUCAAUUUCGAAUGUGUUUAUUUUUAGUGCUAUAUCAUUUAAUGAUAUGCUUUCUGGAAAUUUUUAAGGCUAAGAAAUUUGGCAUGCAUUUUUUGGGGGGUUAACUUUUGGUUCAGGGAUUUUUGGGGUUUUGUUAGAAGUCCUAGGGAUUUUGUUUUGGUUUUAUUUUUUGCCCCCAUUCACUUGAAGUCUAGAGUGCCCCCCUGGGUUGUUACCUGAUUACCACAUGCAAUCGACCUAAAAUUGCCCUACCAAAACUUAAUUGUGAUUGAUAACAGAGCUGUCCAAACUGUAAUAAAUUCAAAGAGAUGUUUACACUAUUAAUACAAUCUAUUAGUUAUUUUAAUGUGAAAUACAUUGAAAAAAGGAAACUGAGACCCAGUAAUUACAAUUUCAGUAUUUAAUUUUAGUUUAUAAUGUACUGAUGAUGCAAAAUGUAAUAAAAUCAUACAAACAAAUCAUUCUAAUUUCCAUGCCAUUUCCAGAAAAUGACAUUUGAAAAAUGCUUAGACUGGGAAUAGGUUAUCUACGAAACUGAGACCUAAGUCCCAAAAAAUUAGAAGACCCCCUGAAACUGAAGUAAGUGUUAGGAAUGUUUUAUGUAAGGUAAUAUCAGUUAUCAGUUGAGAUCAUAGUUUGUCUCUUUUUAUUGGCUACGUAAGCCAUCAUUAUACAUACAUGUUCCAAUUUAUAAGUUUCAUGAUACAGCCAUGUAUACAUGGGUUAAAGAUGGGUGUUGUUUCGUCGGCAAAUCACUGAGUGCUAAAUUUUUGAUGAACUCAGACCCUCACUUUGUAGACAUUGAUAAUAAACCUUAAUAUAAUUUGACUGAUAGAUUACAACUGUUAACAACAUCUUAUGGCUGAAGUAGAAGUCCUACAAUUAUCCAUGCAAAUGUAUGCAAAUUGAAAUUCAAGCUACUGAUUGAUGGUGUGGUGUUGCAUGGCUCUUUUGAUUUACUUGACCUGAGAUGCAGAGUUCCCAAAAGAAAUUAAGUAAUGCCUCUUUGGUCUCCUCUCUUCAAUAGCUAGCUGGAGAUGGCAGAAAAAAUUAAAAUUUAAUAAUUUGGCUCCUCUGAGAUCCUGGCUAGUAGACUUCAGCUUGCUGGAAUGGAAGUGAUUUUAAUCUCUCACCCUGCUCGUUAAAACAGGGUUUGAUGUGACAUCUAUGUAAGGGGGUUCUUAGAUUUUCACGGGGCCUUAGGUCGUAGGUCUUAGGUUUACGUUUUCUAGAAAAACUGUUAGGAACAUUAUAUUUGUUUUUAAACCAAAUCACUACAUUUUGAGAUUUUAGGAGUGGAAUUUUAAUUUCUUGUUUUGAAUUAUGUUUCUUAGUUGUUUAUGUUUUUAUUUACUAUAAUUUUAUUUCCUACUGUUAAUUCUGUCAUUGCUAGUUUGUGAACGGUAUGAUGGGUUCAUCUGCUAUGCUGGUCCUGACAAGUCAUUUGCUGAUGAGAUUCUUCACUAUCUGGAAAAAGCGCCCUACUACAUGAAAGUGUGCAUUGAUUAUCGAGAUUUCUUGCCUGGUGCCGAUCUCUUUGAAACUGCAGCCAAAGCUAUUGAGGAACGAUGCAAUAAAGUUCUACUCAUCCUAUCAGAAAACUUUCACAGAUGUGAAGCUGCAGACUUCCAGGCCAAAAUUGCAUUAAGCCUUUCUCCAGGUUUGUUUGUAGAAUCUUUGUGUGUUUUUCUCCUUUAACACUUAUUUUGCUGGGCAGAGUUGGUUGUAGGAAUGUGGAAGUUUCCCUGUAGUGGUCAUAUUGACAAUAAGUAAUCCUAACUUUGCCUUAAUCUCCAGCCCAAACUCCACCUGACAGGCUCCCUGGCGGUCAGCCUAUGGAUUUUAAUUUAUUUUUGUUGGUGUCAUGAGGUUACUCAGAACAUAAAAAAAGUCUUCAACCAUAUACUUUUCUUUAGUGAGUUGCAAUGUGUUUUGCGGGAUUUGUUUGAUAGAACUGUCACAUCCCUAAGUAGCUUUUUGGUGCCAUCCUACCCAAUAAAAUAUCCUGUGAACCUAUGUUCUGUAGUAGAAAGAUAUGUUGUAGUUCAAAUAUACUGUAGCCUUGGUUAAUUUUUUUUCACUAUUUCAAACUCAUUAUUAUCAAAAGUUACCUUACCUAAACUAAGGAUAAACUGAGCUACCCCAAAUAUAGCCUGCGGACGCAGACGUGUUACGUAUCGGGUGGAGAGAAGCGACGACGGGAAAUACGUCUGUGUGCGCAGGCUAUCCCAGAAGUGGUAAAGCGGGAAAAAAGGUAAGUCUGUAAUACAAUACUGCAAUACGGAGAUUUUUUGCAAACAUGUUAGAAACAUGUACCUUUGAAUAUUUAUAUAACCUCAAUGAUGAAUUCAAAUAUAAUUGACUUAACUGCCAGGGCCAGGUUGUUUGAAAGCGGGUAAAAUCCUAACCUCGGGUUAAAUUGGCGUAAUCCGAGGUUGAAUUUUAAUCGCAGGUUUGUUGUGUUGUUCAAACACUGGUUAGCACAAACCUAAGUUAAACGGCGGGUUAAAUUUAACCCUGCCAGCUAGGUAUGUUAAAUAACUAAUUCAGUUCAAAAAAAACUUAAAAAUAUAUCUAAAACAAAAUGGCUGACUUGUUGUUUUCUUACAACAACAGAGAAUACGCGGAGACAGUUCUCUUUGUUUGUUUUCGAAACGGUUUGUGGAAUCGUUAAACUGCGCAAGAAUGAAGUAUCUACUACUUAUUUUUAUUUUUAGUUUUUAUUUUAUUAGCUUCGCCAAAAAAAAAACAAACAAACAGAAAGAAAGAAAGAAAGAACGAUGGUAGGGACACUGCAACAGCUGUGGCCCGGAUACUAAAAAAAAAUAAAAACAAUAAAUAUUAAAAGCACAGCGAUACAAGAAAAACUAUAGCUACAAUUAGUUUUUGGACGACACAAUGGACGAGCACUAUUACAUUUUCAACAGAUAGACUUGAACGAACGUGGGUCUUCACAAUCAUAGGAAACAGCUAACGUGGACUUAUAAUAAUUAAAAAUAACCGAUUUAAAGGAAGCUAAGGUCGAUGAGCUCAAAUCUAGUUCAUCCACUAAACAAUUCCAAAUUCUACUAGUUCUUAUG